AUGGCCGAUAAUCCAGUGAAGAUAGAUUGUCAUGAUGGCUUUGUUGAAAGUCGAGACGACAUUCCACUUAAAGAGUCCGACGGCAGUGUUAUAAGUGAUGAUGAAAAUACAGAGUAUCCACCACUUGUCAAAUUCAUUCCUAUUCUAAUAGGAUUAUGCUUGCAAGCAUUUUGUACAGCUCUGGAUAACACAAUACUCGCGACAGCAGUACCGAAAAUAACAGAGCAAUUCAACUCUCUCGAAGACAUAUCCUGGUACGCAAGUGCUUAUCUCCUCACCUCCUGCGCGGUCACCCUUCCCUUCGGCAAGAUAUACACAUACUAUUCAACCAAAUGGACGUACAUAAUCGCCCUUGCGAUAUUCGAGAUCGGAUCCUUGGCAUGUGCUGCAACGAAGACUUCACAGGGACUCAUUUUCGGGAGGGCCAUUGCUGGGAUCGGUUCGGGUGGGCUGGCACCCGGUGCCCUGUUGGUACUCGCAAAUAGUGUACCGGUCCACCGACGCGCUCUUUAUUUUGGCAUUAUUGGGAGCAUGGGAGGGAUUGCAACUGUGACUGGGCCAUUGAUUGGUGGACUAUUAACAGACCAUGCAAGUUGGCGAUGGUGUUUCUAUAUCAAUAUCCCACUUGGCGCGAUCACAGGGGUUUUCAUCACGACUUUCUUUCGGAACCCAAAGAGCACACGCAGAAUGAAGUCGGGGAAGAUGAACAAAUUCAAGCAAAUGGAUCCUAUUGGAAUACUCGUGUUCAUUCCUGCUAUCAUUUCGGUUCUUUUGGGAUUGCAGUGGGGUGGCACAAAGUAUGAAUGGUCGAAUGUGCGCAUUAUUGUGCUAUUUGUGCUUUUCGUAAUAUUUUCCUUCAUUUGGUGCUAUGUUCAAUAUAUUAAACAGGAAGAGGCUACUGUUCCCCCUCAUAUUUUGACUAACCGCAACGUCAUCGGUGCUGUUAUCCAUGCCAUGUUUUUCGGCGGCUCAUUCUUUGUCUUUGGAUAUUAUCUCCCGAUAUGGUUUCAGGCUAUUGAACAAGCCUCAGCAUCUGAAUCCGGAAUCAACAACCUUCCAAUGGUGGUGUCAAUGAUCAUCUUCUCAGCAGUAGGAGGUGUACUUGUAAAUAUUCUGGGGUACUACACACCAUUCAUGUUCCUGGGCAGUACCCUUCUCACCAUCGGAUCAGCACUUUGUACAACGUUCAAGGUUCACACAAAAAUCGGCAAGGACAUUCCAAUCGGAAUUGCGGUAAUCACAUUCGCCCAAAGCUUGAGCGGCUCUUUGUUCAUUUCCAUUGCGCAGAAUGUCUUCCAGAAUCGCCUUGUGGCAAGCGUCACCAAAUACGCCCCAAUGGUGAGUCCACAAGCUGUGGUCGACGCUGGAGCAUCACAUCUGUCACACAGAUUCUCACCAGAAGCUCUCCCGGUCGUUUUAUAUGCAUACAACCGCGCUGUUAUGCAAACAUUUUAUGUAGCUGUGGCUGCUGCAACUUUGUCUCUUAUUGGAGCAAGUCUUGUUCAGUGGAAGUCGAUGAAACGACCACAGAAAUAUGUCUGA